ACACCGUUUCUAGUCCCCUUAAAAUCCGUCACUGUACUCAAGCUUGCUCAGAUAGCUAGGGAGAGAAAAUGGAGGGGAAAGGGAACGAGAAAGCUCCGGCUACGGGUUCAGGUUCGGGUCCGGGUUCGGGUCGGGGUAUGUGUCUGAGCAAGUACGAGGAUCCAAUGAGUGAAGAGAGUCAUAGAUACUACCUUGCGAGGCGGAAUGCUUUGAUGAUGCUCCGGGACAGAGGCUACGAAGUUUCCGCCGAAGAUAUCAAUCUCUCCCUCCAAGAUUUUCGAACUGUUUACGGCGAACAUCCCGAUGUAAACCGUCUCCGUAUCUCAGCUCAGCUUCGCUCCGAUUCUUCCAAAAAGGUCAAGGUUGUCUUUUUUGGUACUGGCAUGGUUAAAGUCAACGCAAUCCGUACUGUUGCAGCAGAUGUACUUAGCCAAGAAACCAUAUCCGGGCUGAUAAUGGUUCUGCAAAACCACGUAACCAAUCAAGCAUUGAAAGCCAUUGAACUUUUUUCUUUCAAGGUCGAGAUAUUCCAGAUAACCGACUUGCUAGUCAACAUAACCAACCAUGUACUUAAGCCGAAACAUCGGGUUUUGAAUGAUAAAGAAAAGACAGCACUUCUCAAGAAGUUUAAUAUCGAGGAAAAACAGCUUCCUCGGAUUUCAAAGAAAGACGCCGUUGUGCGGUACUACGGACUAGAGAAAGGGCAAGUUGUGAAAGUGAAUUACAGAGGCCAACUCACAGAGUCACAUGUUGCCUACCGUUGUGUGUGGUGAAGUAAACCAAAUUUUUGUUUUUAACCAUUUUGAGUGUAGUUAUUUUCAGCAAAACUUUUCCUUGGUUUUAUUCUUCAUCCUAGAAGAUCCUUUGCUGUAAACCCACGAUAAAAAUUUAGUAAACAAAAGAAGAUC